AUGACACCUACAUUAGGAAGAUUUGAAAAUACAUUUAAUGUUGACUUAGAAAAUGAACUAGUGAGACACCUUAAGGAUUUGGAUAAUCGUUUUUUACCAGUCAACAAAAAGGAAUUUUUAACGUUAGCAUAUGAUCUUGCUGAGCAUUUCAAAUUACAGCAUCAAUUUAGUAAAACAAAAAAGACAGCAGGAAAUAAAUUUUAUUGUGGGUUUAUUAACCGGCAUCCAGAAUUUUCGUUGCGUUCUGCCCAAUCAACUAACCUUCAGAGAGCGCAAGGAUUUAACAAGAAACAAGUUGAGGCCUUUUUUGAGAAGCUGGAGAACCUGAUGGAGAAAUAUUCGUUUUCCCCAAGUAGGAUUUUUAACUGCGAUGAAACCGGCGUAUCUGUGGUACAUUCUAACGCACUGAAAGUUUUGUCAUAA